AUGAUGAAGACGGAGCCGCGGGGGCCCGGGGGUCCCCUCCGGAGCGCCUCCCCGCACCGCAGCGCCUACGAGGCGGGCAUCCAGGCGCUGAAGCCGCCCGACGCGCCGGGGCCCGACGAGGCGCCCAGCAAGGCGGCCCACCACAAGAAAUAUGGCUCCAACGUCCACCGCAUCAAGAGUAUGUUCCUGCAGAUGGGCACCCCCACGGCGGGGCCGCCGGGCGGCGAGGCGGCCGGCGCCGCCGCGGGCCCCGCCGCCGCCGAGGCCCCGCGGGCGCCCGAGCGCGGCGGCGGGUGCGGCGGCGUGCGCCUGUCGCUGCCCCGGGCCGGCAGCCUGAACGAGAACGUGGACCACAGCGCCCUGCUCAAGCUGGGCACCAGCGUGUCCGAGCGCGUGAGCCGCUUCGACUCCAAGCCCGCGGCCUCGGCGCAGCCCGCGGCGCCGCCGCCGCAGCCGCCGUCCCGGCUGCAGGAGACGCGGAAGCUGUUCGAGCGCAGCGGCGCGGCGGCCGCGGGCGGCGACCGGGAGGCGGCGGCGCGGCGGCUGCUGCGGCAGGAGCGCGCCGGCCUGCAGGACCGGAAGCUGGACGUGGUGGUGCGCUUCAACGGCAGCACCGAGGCCCUGGACAAGCUGGACGCCGACGCCGUGUCGCCCACCGUCAGCCAGCUCAGCGCCGUCUUCGAGAAGGCCGACGCCAGGACCGGCCCCCACCGCGGCGGGCCCGGCCUCCCCAGGGCCACGGCCGCCGGGGCGCCCCCGCUCAGCUCCAAGCUGGUCAGCAAGCGGUCCCGCGUGUUCCAGCCGCCGCCGCCGCCGCCGCCCGCCCCGUCGGGGGAUGCCCCCGCCGCCGAGAAGGAGCGCGGCCCCGGAGGCCAGCAGCCCCCGCAGCACCGAGGGGCCCCCGCGCGGCCGCCCCCCAAGCCCCGGGAGGUGCGCAAGAUCAAGCCGGUGGAGGUGGAGGAGAGCGGGGAGUCGGAGGCCGAGGCGGCGGCGCCCGGGGAGGUGAUCCAAGCGGAGGUGACCGUCCACGCGGCCCUGGAGAAUGGCAGCACCCCGGCCCCCGCAGCCAGCCCCCCCGCACCGCAAGAGCCGAAGGCCCCGGGGCCCCCCGAGGAAGAGGCGGCCGCCGCCGUGGGGGCGCCCGAGAGAGGGGUGGGCAAUGGCCGGGCCCCAGACGCGGCCCCGGAGGAGGCGGAUGAGUCCAAGAAGGAGGACUUCUCCGAGGCGGACUUGGUGGACGUGAGCGCCUACAGUGGGCUGGGGGAGGACUCCGGGGGCAGCGCCCUGGAGGAGGACGAUGAAGAUGACGACGAAGAGGAGGAUGGGGAGCCCCCCUAUGAGCCAGAGUCGGGGUGCAUGGAGAUCCCGGGGCUGUCGGAGGAAGAGGACCCGGUUCCGAGCCGGAAGAUCCAUUUCAGCACGGCGCCCAUCCAAGUGUUCAGCACCUACUCCAAUGAGGACUACGACCGUCGCAACGAGGACGUGGACCCCAUGGCGGCCUCCGCCGAGUAUGAGCUGGAGAAGCGGGUGGAGAGGUUGGAGCUGUUCCCUGUGGAGCUGGAGAAGGACUCCGAGGGCUUGGGCAUCAGCAUCAUCGGCAUGGGGGCCGGGGCGGACAUGGGCCUGGAGAAGCUGGGCAUCUUCGUGAAGACUGUGACUGAGGGCGGAGCAGCCCAUCGGGACGGCAGGAUCCAGGUGAACGACCUCCUGGUGGAGGUGGACGGAACCAGCCUGGUGGGAGUGACCCAGAGCUUCGCAGCCUCCGUGCUCCGGAACACCAAGGGCCGCGUGCGGUUUAUGAUUGGCCGGGAGCGGCCCGGUGAGCAGAGCGAGGUGGCUCAGCUAAUUCAGCAGACCCUGGAGCAAGAGCGAUGGCAGCGAGAGAUGAUGGAGCAGAGAUACGCCCAGUAUGGGGAGGAGGAUGAGGAGACCGGGGAGUACGCCACCGACGAGGAUGAGGAGCUGAGCCCCACGUUCCCGGGUGGCGAGAUGGCCAUCGAGGUGUUCGAGUUGGCAGAGAAUGAGGAUGCCUUGUCCCCUGUGGACAUGGAGCCCGAGAAGCUGGUGCACAAGUUCAAGGAGCUCCAGAUCAAGCAUGCUGUGACGGAGGCAGAGAUCCAGCAGCUGAAGAGAAAGCUGCAGAGCCUGGAGCAGGAGAAGGGGCGGUGGCGGGUGGAGAAGGCCCAGCUGGAGCAGAGCGUGGAGGAGAACAAGGAGCGCAUGGAGAAGCUGGAGGGCUACUGGGGCGAGGCCCAGAGCCUGUGCCAAGCUGUGGACGAGCACCUGCGGGAGACCCAGGCCCAGUACCAGGCCCUGGAGCGCAAGUACAGCAAGGCCAAGCGCCUCAUCAAGGACUACCAGCAGAAGGAGAUCGAGUUCCUGAAAAAGGAGACCGCACAGCGCCGGGUUCUGGAGGAGUCGGAGCUGGCGAGGAAGGAGGAGAUGGACAAGCUCCUGGACAAGAUCUCAGAACUGGAAGGAAACCUGCAAACACUGAGGAAUUCCAAUUCUACUUAG